AUGUCGCUAAAGUUACACUCAACAGGAGUCGUUUUGGGCUACAGAAGAUCGCAGGCCACUCAAUACCCAAACAUUUCUUUGGUCAAGAUUGAGGGAGUCAACACUCGCACUGAUUCUCGCUUCUACCUCGGCAAGCGUGUCUGUCUCGCUCGUCGUGUCAAGAAGACCCCAAAGAACCCACAAGGAUACAAGAUCAUCUGGGGAAAGGUCAGCAAGUCACACGGAAGCAGCGGUGUCGUUCAGGCCCGUUUCCCACGCAACUUGCCACCAAAGGCCAUGGGUGCCAAGGUUAGAGUUAUGUUGUUCCCAUCCUCUAUUUAA